UAUGUUUACAUCCCAGUUUUCGUUAUUGGAGUCAUCCUCAAUAUCUUGGCUUUGAGCGUAUUCUUCUGCAAACUGAACAAAUGGACUGAAACCAGAGUAUAUAUGGUCAAUUUAGCCAUUGCAGACUUCUUGGUUCUCUUUACUUUGCCAUUCAAGAUGAUUUCAAAGAAUACCCAUGUGAACACACAGUGUUUAAUCUUGGAAUCUGCAUACUUUAUUAACCGGUACAUGAGUAUAUUCCUUAUUACCAUCACAGCAGUUGAUCGAUACAUCACCAUAUGGUACCCCUUCAAAGCAAAGCAAGUGAGGUCCCCUCAAAAAUCAGCUGUUGUCUGUGGGAUUCUCUGGGCCUUAAUGGUAAGUAUUGUGUCAUUAAAUAAAUCAUUGGAAGAGCGAGAUGAGUGUGGAUGUUGCUUUCAUAAGGCUUCCAAAAAGCCAUCCAUACACAGUCUUGCAUCUAUUAUUUGGGGAUUUUUUAUACCCUUAACCAUCCUGAGCUUCUGUUCUAUCCAAAUUGUAAAGAAACUCACAAAGAAUAAAAAUUCAAACUCACAUAAAGAAAAGUUUGUCCAGAAAUCAAUCAACAUCAUCUUUGCAAAUAUGGCUGUGUUUGUCAUAUGUUUUUUACCUAUUAACCUGGCAAACAUCAUUCGGUUCAUAGCUGAUUACCAUGAGGCCACCUGCACUACAGUAAAAAGUAUCAACAUCUUUGUACAAGCUGCCGGAAUGAUUGCUAAUACUAACUGCUGCUUGGAUGCCAUUUGCUAUUACUUCGUCAACAAGGAGUUUAAAGAGGCUUCCAUGGAACUAGCGCCCAAUUAUUUCUCAUCUUAUAAACAAGGAUCUGAAAACCAAGACUUCGAAAUUAUGUAGUAAAGGGAUGAGCCUAAGAACUGCAUGUCAAUCUUGUGGUUGGAUCCAAUCAGCUUUUCCACUACUGAAAAAGGGAGGAGCUAUGCUGGAGAUCAUGGAUCCUGCACGGAUAAAAGCAAUGUGGAAUGGAGACUGUUGGGAAUUUUGAGAGGUUGAGUAAAAAAUGCCAGCUGAAUCCAACAACUCAUAUUGAUGAGAACUAUGGCCCUCAAGAAAUUGCUGCUUUUAUCUUGACAAAAGUUCUCCACCAAUGCUUGUGCUUUGUUGUUUCAUCACUUCCCUCUUGUUGCUACCUCAGUGCCUCCACUCAGUUGCUAUGAGGAAUGACCUUCCCCAUAUGAGUUAUAAAUGUGUAUCUGUGUAAAAAGUCCAGAUUAAGG